UCAAGCUAUCUGCCUCCACUGAUUUUGCCGUCAAACCAAAUUCAGGGCUUCUGUGAGCAUAUUCGGCGUAGAGAAGAGAUAGACGAACUGCAGCUGCUCGUGAGCGUUGAAGAAGUGGCCGCGAAGCCAUCGAGAAGAUGGCGGAGGAAGCAAUUCUCGGUUACCUUGAGAAGAACGUCGAAAUCUCCGAUUCUGGACGGUUCGCCGAUGAGUUUGGACUUGAUCAUAACGAGGUCGUCAACGUCAUCAAGAGUCUCAAUGGCUUCAGAUAUGUCGAUGCUGAAGACAUUAAGAAGGAGAAAUGGAUUCUAACUGAUGAGGGCGAGACAUAUACUGCUACAGGAUCACCUGAGCUGCAGCUAUUCUUGGCAAUUCCACCCGAGGGAAUUCCAAAGGAAGAACUACAGAAAAAGCUUGGUCCAUCUAUUUUCAAAAUUGGCUGUGCUCAGGCAGCAAAGAACAAAUGGGUUGAAAUGGGGAAGCAAUCGAUAUCCCGAAAGGUUCAACAUGUUGAGGACAAGGUGAAAAAUUCACUUCUGCAGAUAAAAGAUGGAAAGGAAGUUCAUGAUGAUGACGUGAAGGCACUCAAAGCAAGAAAGCUGAUUGUAUCACAAACAUGGAAAGGCUAUUCAGUGAAGAAGGGUCCUAGUUAUGCUCCAAGAAGGAAAAAGGCUGCGACAGAUUUGACACGAGAAAAUCUUCAGAGGGGAGACUGGAGAGAACUAGAAUUCAAGGAGUAUAACUUUAAUGCCAAAGGUCAGCCCCUUGAGGGUGGUCAUCUUCAUCCAUUGCUGAAGGUCCGACAGCAAUUAAAAAAUAUUUUUCGUCAAAUGGGAUUUGAAGAGAUGCCUACCAAUAACUUUGUCGAGAGCAGCUUCUGGAACUUUGAUGCAUUAUUCCAACCACAACAACACCCUGCCCGUGAUGCGCACGAUACUUUCUUCUUGCAAGCUCCUGCCAGCACAAGGGAACUUCCUGAAGAUUAUGUGGAGCGGGUGAAACAGGUCCAUGAGAUUGGUGGUUUUGGAUCCAAAGGAUAUGGAUAUGAUUGGAAACGAGAGGAAGCAAAUAAGAACCUACUGCGAACUCAUACUACUGCUGUGUCCUCCAGGAUGUUAUAUUUGCUUGCACAGAAACCAUUUGCCCCCAAAAAGUACUUCUCGAUAGACCGCGUUUUCAGAAAUGAAGCAGUAGAUCGAACCCAUCUUGCUGAAUUUCACCAGAUAGAAGGGUUGAUAUGUGAUCGAGGACUUACUCUUGGAGACUUGAUUGGAGUAUUGUAUGACUUCUUCUCUCGUCUAGGCAUGUCCAAGCUACGCUUCAAGCCUGCUUAUAACCCAUAUACCGAACCCAGCAUGGAAAUUUUCAGUUAUCAUGAAGGCUUUAAGAAAUGGGUGGAAGUUGGAAAUUCAGGAAUGUUCAGACCCGAAAUGCUGCUACCUAUGGGGCUUCCAGAGGAUGUCCGUGUUAUUGCAUGGGGUCUUUCACUCGAGAGACCAACCAUGAUCUUGUACGGUGUUGAUAACAUUCGCGAUCUCUUUGGCCACAAGGUCGAUCUUGGUCUAAUGAAGAAAAAUCCGAUAUGCCGCCUCGGCAUCAAUGCAAGUUGAGUGAAUCAAGCCCAAGAAACACCCAUUUGAUCUUUCAUUUUGGUUUGUGUUGACCAGCAGAAGGCUAAAUUGAUCGUUCAAAUUCUCCUUCUUGCUUAAAUUGGUAAGUACUCAUUCAUUUACUUGAAAAGCCUAUUGCAUCGACACCUCGUUUAAUGAAUUAUUGAGCCAAUGGUAAUUCAAUUGACAAAAACAUGACCUGCUUGAAUUGAGGUUCCAUAUUCUCUUUAUAUGUAAGUUUUGACUUUGAUUAAUUUAUAAUUGAGACGUAGAUUGUUAAUUGGGUGCAGCUUUUUCUAGCCUA